GACGAUAUAUUUUUUUUAACAUCGCGCAGUGAUAAUAAAAUUAAGUGGAAACAAGUGGAAAAAAAUAAAGAAAAAAACAAUCAAAAGAAAAUUCCUCUGCAGGGAAAUUUUCAUAGAAAUCAAAGAAAUUAUUUGCAAAAGAGAGUGAAAAUUGUAAUAAAAGCUAUUAAAGGAUGUUUUGCCAUCAAAAGCUGGGAAACUUUCAACAAGAAAGGACGCCUGGAAUUGCUUAAAAAAAAUAUAUAUUUUUUUUUGUCGUACAGAUUAAGGCAGACAAAAGUUUUAAAUUUUUUGUGUUGCUGCUUUUUGAUUUGUGAUUUAUUUGAUGAUGGUUUUUUUGUAUUUGGUGUGUUAAAAAAUCUCUAAAAAAACAUAAAUUGUUUAAAUUUAUGAAAAAAUAUGUUUAAAAAUUAAACAAAAUUAAAAAUAAGCUGUUGAUUAAUUAAAAUUUAAAUGAAAAUAAGUGUAAUUAAAACAAAUGUUUACUACAAUUGUAUUUGUUUAAUUGUAGUAAAAGUGAGUGAGUGUGUGUGUUCACUAUUGUAGUUUUUUUAGCUACUGCUAAUAGUUAGUGUUUUUGUUGUUGUUGGUUAAAUAAAUUCUAAAUAAUUAAUGAGCCACACAGUCAACCAACCAUAUUUAGUAACAAAAAAAUAUCUAAAUUUCUAAAAAUACUUGUUCCAAAAAAAUAAAGCAAACAAAAAUUGAUAAAAGAAAACAUUUGUUAUUAAACUCCUCCCCUGACCCUGCUGCUAAUAAGAAAUUGGCCUCCCUUUAUCCAUUUAACUUUCUUAAAAAAAACUAACUGUCUUGCUUAAUUGUUAUCAUGGCCAACAAUAGUUCAGGAUCUAGUGUGGGUUCUGCAGCAGCUGCUUCGGGCGUUGCCACUAUGGCAACGGGAGUUAGUGGUGCUGUAGCUGCCGCUUUAAACAAUUCCUCGAAUAGUGAUUUGUGGCGUGAAUGUGUGGAUUGGCUAACGCGCUGCCAAAUUAUACAACCCGAUCACAUGGCCAAUGCUCCCACCUCAGAAAUACGUGUCUUGGCCUUGACUUUACGCGAUGGCGUGUUGUUGUGUAAUCUGGUGAUGCAUUUGGACGCCACCUGUAUGGAUGCCAGCCAAAUGAAUAGGCGACCACAAAUGGCUCAGUUUUUAUGCUGUCAAAAUAUUAAAUUGUUCCUGGAUGUGUGUCGAAAUCACUUCAAAUUAAGAGAAUCUGAUCUGUUUGAGCCAAAUAUGCUGUAUGAUUUAACAAAUUUCCAUCGUGUUUUAAUUACCCUCUCCAAAUUGUCACAAUGUGCUAAAGUACAAAAAUUACAUCCCAACUUAGAAGGUUUUAAUCUGCCCUUAUCACCAAGUGAAAGAUCUCAUUCCGAUGAAGCCAUAUACAAAGAUUUACAUUCAACAACCAACGAUAAUGUUGCAUGUAAUGGUCAUGUUGAUGAACAUAUUAAUACAAAAGAGGAAGAAGUUUAUCAAGAUUUAUGUGCUUUACAAAGAUCGAGUAGAACUCAGAUCACCUCAGCCACCAGUUUCGAGCAACGUGAUUAUGUUAUACGUGAAUUAAUCGAUACAGAAUCGAAUUAUUUAGAUGUUUUGAAUGCUUUGAAAACCAAGUUUAUGGCACCAAUGGAACGUUUGCUAACCCCAGUAGAUAUUAAACAAAUAUUUCCACGUAUUAAGGAACUGGCUGAUAUUCAUACAAAAUUUUUAGAUAAAUUAAGAGAAUCUCUGCAACCAAAUGCUAAAAUGAAAAUGAGUCAAGUAUUUUUGGAAUUUCGUGAACCUUUUCUAAUCUAUGGUGAAUAUUGUUCAUGUCUAUUGGGUGCCAUAGAUUAUCUAGGUGAUGUUUGUAAAAAGAAUCAAAUUAUAGAAGAAUUAGUUCAAAAUUGUGAACGUGAAUAUAAUGUGGGUAAAUUACAAUUGAGAGAUAUUUUAUCGGUGCCCAUGCAGCGUAUAUUAAAAUAUCAUUUAUUAUUGGAUAAACUAGUCAAGGAAACCUCACCGAUGCACGAAGAUUACCGCUCUUUGGAAAGAGCUAAAGAGGCCAUGAUAGAUGUUUCACAAUAUAUUAAUGAAGUCAAACGUGAUUCUGAUCAUUUGGUGAUCAUACAAAAAGUCAAGGACAGCAUUGUUGAUUUAAAUCUACUGCAAAACGGCAACGAUCUCUUACAAUAUGGCCGUUUACUGCUGGACGGUGAAUUGCACAUUAAGGCCCAUGAAGAUCAAAAAACCAAACUACGUUAUGCUUUCGUUUUCGAUAAAAUUCUCAUCUUGGUGAAACCGUUGCAUGUGAAAACCGGCGAUAUGCAAUAUACCUAUCGCGAUUCACACAACUUAAGCGAAUAUUGGGUAGAACAAAGUCAUUCGAGACGCACCAUAGGACGUGAUACACGCUUUAAAUAUCAAUUGUUACUGGCGCGUAAAUCGGGCAAAACAGCUUUUACUUUGUAUCUGAAAUCAGAGCCAGAACGUGAUAAAUGGCGUAAGGCCUUAACAGAGGCUAUGGAAAAUUUGGAUCCACCAGGAUGUCGUAACACGGACCAUAAAAUGGAAAUAUUUACAUUCGAUGCACCCACAACAUGCCGCCAUUGUUCGAAAUUCUUAAAGGGUCGCAUACAUCAGGGUUAUCGGUGUAAAGUUUGUGAGAUUGCUGUGCAUAAGGGAUGUAUUUCUUCAACGGGUCGUUGUAAACAAAAUAUUAUUGCCAUACCACCGCCUGUUUGUGAUAGACAAUUAGCUGAGUUUAAUUGGUUCGUGGGCAAUAUGGAUCGUGAAACCGCCCAAGCUCGCUUAGAACACCGACGUGUAGGCACUUAUUUGUUGAGAGUACGGCCUCAAGGUGCAUCAAAUCCCAAAGAAACUAUGUAUGCUUUAAGUUUAAAAACCGAUGAUAAUGUUAUAAAACAUAUGAAAAUUAAUCAGGACACUAUAGCGGAUAAUGUAGCCUAUUGUUUGUCAUCGAGACGGCAUUUUAAAAGUAUUGUGGAAUUGGUAUCCUACUAUGAGCGCAAUGAUUUGGGUGAAAAUUUUGCAGGCUUAAAUCAAUCCUUACAAUGGCCUUAUCGUGAGGUCUUCGCCACCGCCAUUUAUGAUUUUGAGCCGAAAGGCAACAAUCAACUGCAACUCAAAACCGGCUGCCAAGUAUUGGUCAUAGGAAAAGAUGGUGAUAGCAAAGGUUGGUGGCGAGGUAAAAUUGGAGAUGUGGUCGGUUACUUUCCUAAAGAAUACGUACAAGAGCAUCCACCCACCAAUGAUGAACUUUGAUAUUACAACUAUGAAAUUGAUUUCUCGCGCAGUAAAUUGGAACGUUCGCGUCUUUUGCAAAAUUCCAUGUCUUUGAGCAGCAUGGAAGAGGAACAGCAACAGCAACAAAACCAGCAAACAGCAACACAACAACAACAAGAAAUUUUAGUAACCGAGGGUCAGUAAUUUAUUUUAUAAUUAAAGGAAAUUUAUAGUUUUACUAUAGUUUUAUUAUAAAAUUAGAUGAGAUUUAAAUUUGUUUGUAAAUUUUCAUUUGUUUAUAAUCGUUAUAGAAAAAAGUGCCAAUAUUUUGUUAUUUUUAUUUGCUUCAUUUAAAAUUAAAUGUUUAUUCUAUUUCUAUUUUUAGUUUUGUAGUUUAUGAUAAACAAAUACUUGCUGAAUAUUUUAUACACUCAAAGAAAAAAAGGCAUUAUUAACAAAAAAAAAAGAAAAAAAAACUAAACAAAAAAAUGUUUAAUAACAAAAAAACAUACGAGCAGCUUUAAUAUAUUGUAGAAGAUUUCAAGGAUUUUAUAAACAUAUAUAUACAAUUUAAUAAAAUCCUUGUACUAAAUA